AUGACACAUUAUAUCGAGAGAACUUGGGAUGAUUUAAAAAAUGUCAUCAACGAAGACCGAUUAGGAGAGUUGGGUCGAAAAGACCAAGACACUACAAAGAUGAUGGAUCAUAUGGUCUAUGUCAGAGCAACCUAUUCUUCAACCAAAGAUUAUAUCCUAUCCAAAAUGUUUGAUUUUCCAACCGAGGAUGAUCAUCAACACCCAAUCAUCAACAAUGUAGAUAAUAAUAUAACCAACCAAAAUAAUGAUAAUAAUAAUAAUAAUGACUCAAGUAGUAGUGAUAAUAGUAAUAAUAAUAAUGUAUAUAAGAAAAAAGUUGUAAGACCAGUAGAUGUAAAACAAAAAUUAGCUUUUAAAUUAAACGAUUUUCCAUAUAACUGUCAUGACAGUAUUACGCAUUGGGUACUUUGGUGUCUACAACCAUUGACUCAUCAAGAAGCCAAAGAGCACCUCAUCACGCAUUUCCAACACAAACUCCAACACCAACAAGACUUUUUGUUCUUUAUCAAUCCCGUCGAAUUACAAUCUAUCCGCGAGGUUACACAUUACCAUGUAUUUGUUAAAAAUGAUUCAUUUAAUAGAUUGGAUUGGCAACAACAAGACUCAAAGAAGGAACAAAACAGUGAUCACUGUUUCAAAAAUAAUACCAAUUGUCUCAACGAUAAUUCUAAUAAUAAUACCGUUGGUCAAAUCGCAUCUGGUACUACCAAUACUGUACCAUCAUUUUAA